UUCUAAAAAACAGUACAGUUACGGAGGCUUCCCGUCACACGCUGCGAGCGCCACCAGCUUGAAUUUAUUGACGGCUGCGUGCUCCCUAUGCAUCGCAUCGAGUGCGUCGAGGCGCACGUUCACAAUUCCCUCACCGGCGGGAAGGUCGAGAUAUCGAAACGCGGUGCCCUGCUGGCAGGUCUUGGCCGAGAGGUAUCCUUUCGAGCCGGUGCUGCGGGGCUUUUUCGACUUGAUCUUGGCGCCGUCCGCGAACCACGUAGUGAAGGUCCCGUCCUCGUCGGUCCUGGUCAUCGUCACAUUACAGGCGCCACCCUCGAACUGGGCGUUCUUUCCGUGCCGGAAGCUUGCAGAGCCGAUGGUGGAAAAGCGGUCGCGCGCGUCGAGGGCGUCGAUCCUCUGGGUCGCGGGGUGGUCCCCGACCCACACCGUCGCCGUUCCCACGUUCUCAUACGUCUGCAGGAAUUCGACGCGCAACGUAUUGGUGGCUUGCCUAUCAGAAAACUUGAGCCGUACCCGCAGGGUCGCCGCGGCCGCGUCGAACGCGGCCCCAGGGGUCGUCUUUAUAACAAAGCCGGGCCUUCCCUUAACAUCUUCUUCGUACCGCCACAGCGACUUGGAGGCGUCGUCGACGCGCCGGAACGACUUUUCGCCCUUCUCGACGUUCGCGAGCUCCGUCGUCACCGAACAGCUGUCGAGUUCGGCACUCGCAUUCCACACGCGUUGCGGCAGCGUCCACGGUCCUUUCCCGAACCCCUUCGCUUUGGCCCGGCGCGCCGCGUCGAUGGCGUUCCAGGCCGUCGCGAUUUGUUCUGCGAGGCGCUGGUGCUCGGCCGGCGGCGGGUGCGGCUCGAACCACCCCGUCUUCUGAUAGCACGUGCCGGCGAUGAACGAAAUUACAAUUCCGCCGUAGCGGGCCGCGACCGCGCGCUGCGCGUCGGCGAGCCUCGGCACCGUCGGCUCCCGCGUCUUUUCGCCAUGGUUCCAGGCGCCCUCGAUGUGGACGAGGGCCGCGGCGGGGCACCGGCGCUUCGCCUCGCGGCUCAAGGCCUCGAUCGCCGGCCCGGUGCCGGCGCUGCCCGGCACGAAGGCAUUGUAUAUCGCGGCCGCGUCGUUGACGCCAUAAUCCAUGAACAAAACGUCCGGGCACACGGGCAGCAGCCUCGCGAGGUUCCCGAGGGCCCAGGCCGACGACGUCGACCGGGUGGCGCGGACGUCCACGUUCAGGUUCGGGAGCAGCGCCUGGAGCCGCGCGGGCCACGGUGCGAUGCCCGGCCGCAACCCUUGGCCGAGCGGCAUGCUUCCCCCCAAAACCACCGCAUCCGCCGUGCCAUUGUGCGCCGCCAUUUUCUUCUGCGCCGCCCAGACGUCCGCGAGGCGCGGCGUCUCCAUCGGGUGCGCCUCCGGUCGCGUGAUGUUCUUGGGCAGGAACCGUCUCAGGCUCGGAUAGGGCAGCGGGCUGCAGCCCUGCAGCUUCGGCGCCGUCGGACCGUAGGCGGCCUCCCGGCGCGCCGCCAUGCAUUUGUCGCCGCACCGCGGCGCGCUCGGCUUCGCAUGCACUGCUGGCUGCUUGAUGUGAAUGGCCUUGUGCUUUUUGCUCCCUGCAUGCUGGUGCAGCAGCAGGAAGAGGAAGAUGGAACGCUUCAUGGCAGCAUGAGAGGCUGCCCCAUGUCCAGCUGGCCACGAAUCAAGGGCGUAAAUCUCGUCUCUGCGGAGCAAAAUUUGUAA